UUUAACUAUUUAACCUUAACUGUUCAGGAAAUUAAGCUUAUAAUUAUGUCCUUAGGAUCAAAGUUCUGAUCGUACCAGUCUUUCUUCAGUGGGAGCCCAGGAUUCUGAAUCUACCUCUUUGACAGAUGAAGAUGUCUGCCAUGAGUUGGAAGGAGCCACUUCCUCCCAGGAGACCGGUGCUGCUUCAGGGACUAAGGGAAUUGAUCUCAGCCGAACAAGCCUGGAGAGUUCUGCCUCCUUGGAAGGAUCCCUGUCAAAGUAUGCCCUACCUGGGAAAUCAGAAGGAACAUCUUUCCUCAGCACGAGUAAUACAAAUAUCUUCCAGAACUAUGCAAUGGAGUGCCGUCUCCUCUGCAGGUCCUCAUCUCGAGCUGCUCCCGGUGUAGGACUUGUGACUGUCUCGUCCAUGAUGAGGAGAUCAUGGCCGGCUGGACGGCGGAUGACUCCAACCUCAACACAACGUGCCCAUUCUGUGGCAACCUCUUUCUGCCCUUUCUGAACAUUGAAAUAAGAGAUUUAAGGCGACCUGGAAGGUACUUCUUGAAGUCUAGCCCAUCUACAGAAAAUGUACAUUUUCCCUCCUCCUGCCCAAGCCAGACGAGGCCGCCUUGCAUUUCCGCAUCAGCCUCGGGUCUUGACACAUCUGCUGUCUCUGUUCAGGGGAAUUUUGAUCUAAAUAGCAAAUCUAAACUGCAGGAAAAUUUCUGUACCCGAAGUAUUCAGAUCCCUGCUAAUAGAUCAAAAGCAGCGAUGUCAAAAUGUCCACUAUUUCCAAUGGCCAGAAGUAUAAGCACUUGUGGCCCCUUGGACAAGGAGGACACUGAGGGACAGAAACUUAUUCCUACAGGCAGCCUUCCAGCCACUUUGCAAGGAGCUACAGAUUCUUUAGGAUUCGAAUGGCACCUUCCAAGUCCAGAUCCUGUCACUGUCCCAUAUCUUAGUCCUCUAGUGGUGUGGAAGGAACUUGAAAGCUUGUUGGAAAAUGAAGGUGACCAUGUGAUAACAGUGGCCGACUUUGUGGACCACCAUCCGAUUGUGUUUUGGAACCUGGUGUGGUACUUCAGACGCCUUGACUUGCCCAGCAACUUACCAGGAUUGAUUCUUUCUUCUGAGCACUGUAAUAAGUAUUCAAAGAUUCCCCGCCAUCGUAUGUCUGAAGACAGUAAACACGUCUUAAUACAAAUGCUGUGGGACAACAUGAAGCUGCACCAGGACCCGGGACAGCCCCUGUACAUUCUCUGGAAUGCCCACAGUCAAAAUCGUACUCUUUUGUUUGAGACCCAAAAAUAUCCAAUGGUCCAUUUAUUGCAAAAAAGUGAUAACUCAUUUAACCAGGAACUAUUGAAGAGUAUGGUAAAGAGCAUUAAAAUGAAUGAUGUCUAUGGACCAAUGAGUCAGAUUUUAGAGACACUGAAUAAGUGCCCGCAUUUUAAAAGACAGCGGAGUUUAUACAGAGAAAUCCUGUUUCUCUCACUCGUGGCAUUGGGAAGAGAAAACAUUGACAUAGAUGCUUUUGAUAAAGAGUACAAGCUGGCAUACGAUCGUCUCACACCAAGUCAAGUCAAGAGCACACACAACUGUGACAGGCCACCGAGCACGGGGGUGAUGGAGUGUCGGAAAACCUUUGGAGAACCUUAUCUUUAAAAUGUGCGUGUGUAUAUUCAGUGUACAUUGUAUAGUCAGUGUGUAAAAUAACACUUUUAGACUCUAGACUUUUUUCUUCAAUUCUGAGAUCCAGUUUGUAAAUGGCCCAGAAGGUCCACCCAGUUUGUGUACAGACUGUUAGGAAGAGGACAGUGGCCAGUGAGGAAAAGCCGUGUUAUUUCCCUUUUUUUUUUUCCCUAUUUAACUCCUCUGUAAUAAGUAAUUAAGUAUUUUUGUGAUGAGGGAAUCCCUACCCAAAAUUAGUUGCCAUAAAAUAAGACAACUGUUUUAUGGUUUCUCUCAGAAAAGACGGAUUGAAAAAUCAUGGAUGGAACCUAAACAGACAUGUGAGAUCAAAGCGUUUUCUGAUUUCAUAGACUGUUCAGACGUUUUGACCAUGAAGUUGUAUUAUAUAUAUUUUAAAUUGUUUAUAGUAAGUUGAUAUUUUUUUAAUUUUUAAAUUUAAUAUAGCAAACUUAAAAUGAAUUUAAACUUAUAAAGCAAGCAAGUGCUUAUUUUCCUUUUCUGCUGCUAUUUGAAGUAAUUAGUGCAGCUGCAGAUCUCCCUAUGUGUAUAUCUGUCUAUAUUUUUUUUAUUCCUUGGGAGAAUGGAUUUUAAAAUGUCAGUGCUAGUGUCAGUGUUGUCCUAGGAUUGCAUGUUAGUGCCCUGACUUGACUGCACUGAAGAAGUCAUGCAAGGGGGUGCCCCACCCAGGCCAACUCAUCAAGCCUUGUGAGGGGAGCACCAGAGUCCACUGUGCCACGACUCUGGAAUGUUCUUUGUUGCAAUGGAUACAUGCAGUGCACAGGGAGACCGCUUACAAAUCCAAAUAUCCAUUGAAACUUUAACAUCCUACAUGAAAACUUACAUUGGGAAAUAUGCAGACAGUUGACUCUGUUCCAAAUUUUACCCUUAAUUUAAUAUCUAAAAUAUUGGGAAUGAUGCAAAUUAUACUACAGAAUAUUUAUCUGAAAUAUGAGUUACUGAGAUAUUCUGUUAAUACUAUAUAUAAAUAUUCAAAAUAUUUUUUCAAAAGUAGAAAAAUAACCCUCUAAAAGUACAGCUUUUCCCAUAUUGAGGAACUUAGCUUUUUCAAGAAGCUUCAAUGUCUGAAGUGUGUGGAAACUAAUAUGCAGAAAUAUCCAGAAAUCAGACAAUAAAUUGUUUUGAAACACCAUGA